CCACUAACGCGGCGAGGCAAGAUGUCGGCGACCAAGAGGAAGCGGCGUGGAGACUUGGAGGUUCAGGCAAAGAAGCCGAAAAAGAGUCGGAAAGAUACCGGGAAGCCAGAUAAGCAGGCGGCAGUGACAAAUGAGGUGGAAGAGGAAGAUAGAGAUCGCAUCCCAGGUCCCGUUUGCAAGGGCAAAUGGAAAAAUAAGGAGCGGAUCCUCAUCUUUUCUUCCAGAGGAAUAAAUUUCAGAACAAGACACUUGAUGCAAGACUUGAGAAUGUUGAUGCCUCAUUCUAAAGCAGAUACUAAAAUGGAUCGUAAAGAUAAAUUAUUUGUGAUAAAUGAGGUGUGUGAAAUGAAAAACUGCAAUAAAUGCAUCUACUUUGAAGCUAAGAAAAAGCAGGAUCUCUAUAUGUGGCUUUCAAAUUCACCUCAUGGGCCAUCUGCAAAAUUCUUAGUUCAGAAUAUUCAUACCCUGGCUGAACUGAAGAUGACCGGAAACUGCUUGAAAGGUUCUCGUCCCCUUUUGUCUUUUGACCCUGCUUUUGAUGAAUUUCCACAUUAUGCUUUGUUAAAAGAACUCUUAAUUCAGGUCUUUAGUACACCACGGUAUCAUCCCAGGAGCCAGCCGUUUGUGGACCAUGUGUUUACGUUCACCAUUCUGGAUAACAGGAUCUGGUUUCGGAACUUCCAGAUUAUAGAAGAAGAUGCUGCUCUGGUGGAAAUAGGACCUCGUUUUGUCUUAAAUCUCAUAAAGAUUUUUCAGGGAAGCUUUGGAGGACCAACUUUAUAUGAAAAUCCUCAUUACCAGUCUCCAAACAUGCAUCGGCGUAUCAUAAGGUCCAUCACAGCUGCAAAGUACAGAGAGAAACAACAAGUCAAAGAUGUUCAGAAACUGAGGAAGAAAGAACCAAAGACUAUUGUUCCACACGAUCCCACUGCAGAUGUCUUUGUAAUACCAGCAGAGGAGAAACCAGUAGAAAUACAGUGGGUGAAGCCAGAGCCUAAAGUAGAUCUGACAGCAAGAAAGAGACGGAUUUACAAAAGGCAUCGGAAACUGCAGCAAAAGAUGAACAGAGGGAAUGCAAAAUGAAUCAUGGAUAACUGGCUUCUUUAGUUACUGUAUAUUUAUUUUGUAUUCCACUUGUAAAUACUUGUAAUAUCAGAAACUAGCUAUGUCUAAUUAGGGUGCCAUUUAAAGAAAAAAUCUUAAAGUCCUGUUGGUCUUUUUCUAAAUAAAGCAUCUCUAGAAUGCACCAGCUAUUUUCCUUUCUUUUCACAGCCCAUUUAGUGCUAUUGGAUACUUAGCACACUUACAAUUUGGUUAGAAUUUUAAUUUGGUCAACCUGAAAUUCAAUCAUGUUUAUUGGGUCCUGAGUACUUACAAAGGUGGUAGGCACUCUGAGAGCAGAGUUUGUGGGUGGCAAGGUGGGGAAUGGUCAUUUUACUGCUGAAGUCACUAGUCCAUGACGCCUUGGGAAACUGACUUCUGAUUAUUUCUUUAAUCUCAACCAAGAGUACAUUUCUUAGGUUUUGAAAACCAACCAAUACCUGUCUUAUUGAUAAAUUUCAAAUUUAUAUUAGAAGCAAUUACUAUAGAUUAUUUACUUAGACGUAGUAAAAGGAAAAGUAGGACAGGAUAUAAGAAUAUUGGAGGAUUUUCCUCCUGUGAAAAGACAGUUUCAGCUUCUAGAGAGCAGUAGCAGCAGGGAAAGCAGCAACUUGAUCCUCCAGUGAUCGUGGGGAUAGUGACUGGGGGAUGCACGGAUGUCAUAUAUAGUUUUUAACGUCCAUGCAUACAUGUUAGACUUGUAUCAGAUGGCUUGUCGGGUGUUUCACCACAUCAGCAGCCUGUUUACUAAUUGAAUAUGUUUCUCUUGCUAUCACAGCCAUAUCAGCAUCAUUCCUUAUCCCUUCAAAGAGCCUUCAGCUUGUUUUUUGUCCUUUUAAUAGUGAUGACUGUGGCAAAUACUUCUAUAUAGAAAUCUCUACAACACUCAUGGUUAAAACUGGUCAAAGGUUUUAAACAAGGCUUUCUGAUGAUUUUUGUAAGGUCCAAAAUUGUACCUUGCCAGCUAUUAGAACAUUCAUGUUCUUGUU